CCGUUUUAUGUAUGACAAGUUUGAUAACAACUAUCAAGCUACUAUUGGAAUCGAUUUCUUGUCGAAGACCAUGUACUUGGAAGAUCGAACGGUUCGUCUACAGUUGUGGGAUACCGCAGGACAAGAAAGAUUUCGUUCCCUUAUUCCUUCCUAUAUAAGGGAUUCUUCAGUGGCUGUCAUCGUUUACGACGUCACCAACAGAGCCAGCUUCCUAAGUGUGAAUAGAUGGUUGGAAGAAGUAAAGAAUGAGAGAGGAGAAGAUGUUGUUUUGGUGUUGGUAGGAAAUAAGACUGAUCAAGCAGAACGUAGACAAGUCAGUACGGAAGAAGGUGAAGCAAAAGCAAAGGAAUAUGGAAUUAUGUUUAUGGAAACAAGUGCCAAAGCGGGUUUCAAUGUAAAGGCUUUAUUUCGAAAGAUUGCCUCUGCAUUGCCUGGAAUGGAAAGUGUACAGGAACCUAGUCAUAUGCAAAUGGUGGAUAUCAAACUCAAUACAACAAAUACAGAAACAACGGAAUCGAACCACGUCCAACGUUGUCGUUGUUAGUAGUCCUUUUCAAAAAUGCUAUACAAGUGAAAGUUUCCAAAGUCUUCCAUAUGGAUGAUGUGUAGUGGAAUGGGUGAUAUCUUCAGUUGCCAAGCAUCUAAUAACCAACCUAAGGAAUAGAGAAAAUAUC